AUGCCACUCACCGGCGAAGCGAACACUGCGCAUCAACGCAAGUACAUGCGCAAGGGCAGAGUGAAGACCUACGAGAAGAAGUGGUGGAAGAACUCCAAAGUCACCGCUGUCGUGCUGCCGAAGCUCAAGAUGAAGCAGCGCAACAUAGCUGCCAUCGGCGAUCUCGAGCUCAACUUCCGUCCCGGUGGCACGGAUCUCAAUAUUUUGAA